GCCUUUGCAUUUUUAUUAGGCGAACUCAAGGGAGCGAAACCAAACAGGCUCGAGUUGCAUCAUCAGACGACGAGAGUGUAUAACUAAGCAAAGCGGGCACUCCUGUCAACGGAAAUCGGUAGAGAAAAGCCGUUUCUAUGGCUUCAUCUUCGUCUCCGUCUUCUCUUUCUCCCCCUAAAGUCCCGACGGAGCUUUACGUCACCAACCGCGAAAAGCUCCUUAAAUCCCUCCGUCAAUACCUCAUCGAAACCUCCCGUCCUCUCCACGGCUUCGUCUUUCUUCAGGGAGGCGAGGAAAAAUUUCGCUACUGUACUGAUCACAUCGAACUCUUCAGGCAGGAGAGUUAUUUUGCUUAUCUUUUUGGAGUGACGGAGCCUGGCUUCUGUGGAGCAAUUGAUGUUGCAACAGGGAAUUCUAUUCUGUUUGUUCCUAGGCUACCUGCUGAUUACGCUGUUUGGUUGGGAGAAAUAAAGCCAUUAUCUUAUUUUCAGGAAAAGUACAAGGUUAGCAUGGUCUAUUAUACAGAUGAAAUUGUAGGAGCCCUGCAUAAAAUCAGCAAGGAAGUUGACAAACCUCUACUGUUUCUCUUGCAUGGACUCAAUACUGACAGCAGUAACUUCUCUAAUGCAGCAGGAUUUGAGGGGAUAGAAAAGUUUGAAUCAGAUUUGACUACAUUACAUCCUAUUUUGACUGAAUGUCGUGUUUUGAAGUCCGAUCUGGAGCUUGCUGUUGUUAAAUUUGCUAAUGACAUCAGCUCUGAAGCACAUGUGGAGGUUAUGAGAAAAAUUCAGGUGGGCAUGAAAGAGUAUCAGUUGGAAAGCAUAUUUCUUCACCACACAUACAUGUAUGGUGGCUGUAGGCACUGCUCAUACACAUGUAUAUGUGCUACUGGUGAAAAUAGCGCUGUACUCCAUUAUGGGCAUGCAGCAGCUCCAAAUGAUAGGACUUUGGAAGAUGGAGAUAUGGCAUUGUUUGAUAUGGGAGCUGAAUAUAAUUUUUAUGGGUCUGACAUAACUUGUUCGUUCCCUGUGAAUGGUAAGUUUACAAGUGAUCAGUCUCUCAUAUACAAUGCUGUGCUUGAUGCUCACAAUGCUGUCAUAUCUGCAAUGAGACCUGGAGUUAGCUGGUUAGACAUGCACAAAUUAGCAGAGAAAAUAAUUCUGGAGUCAUUGAAGAAAGGGUGCAUUGUUGUUGGCAAUGUAGAUGAUAUGAUGACUGAGCGGUUGGGUGCUGUUUUCAUGCCUCAUGGCCUGGGGCAUUUAUUGGGAAUUGACACCCAUGAUCCUGGUGGCUACUUAAAGGGACCGAAAAGGUCUAAGGAACCAGGAUUGAGGUCUUUACGCACUGCCCGAGAACUUGAGGAGGGAAUGGUGAUAACCGUGGAGCCUGGUUGCUAUUUCAUAGAUGCUUUAUUGGAUCCAGCCAUGGAGAAUUCGAAUACUUCCAAGUUUUUCAAUCGCGAAGCAAUUGGCAGAUUUAAAGGUUUUGGUGGAGUUCGAAUUGAAAGUGAUGUGCAUGUCACUGCCAAUGGUAGUAAUAACAUGACUAAUGUUCCCCGAGAGGUUUGGGAGAUUGAAGCGGUGAUGGCAGGAGCAGCAUGGCCUCUUGAUAAGGCCUCAGCGUGCAGUAGAGAGAACAAGGUUAACAAUGGACCAUCUUGUUAAGGAUUAAUGAGGGUAAGAGCAGUCCUCUCAGGUCCUGUAAUGUCUUUGACAUGAACUAUAUGUACCAGGCAUGACUCAAAACAUUAGCUUGAACCAAACGCUUGUAGACGUUGAAGACAUAUUGCUGAAGGCGUUUUGCUGCCUGGCUACCUAAAAUAAAUGGAUUCUUGGAGGCUGCCAUCUAUCUUUCUUUCAUCUAUACAGCCACUUUUCUUCUGUGAGAAUGUGUGCUGUGCUGAAUUAUUAUAUAUGAAAGCAAGUUACAUGGUCAUUUUUCCCCUA